GCGGUGGCCAAAGCAUUUUCCAUACUUAGAACUAGAUUUUCCUAUUUUAUGUAUCUUUGUCGACGCCUUUCUUGGCUCCACUCUCCCGUUUCUCGAAGACUCUUCUUCAACUAUGCAAACGCUACUACUGCCGGUAACGGCGGUUUCAGUGGGAUCGUCUUCCGCUUCUCGCUUCCCCCUACGAGCAAUUCCCGCCCGCCAAGUCUCUAAGUUUGCUCUUCCGCUUCUAAAUCCCAACUCUGCUUCCUCCAAAACCUUCCGACCUCUUUCUUUUCCUGCGCCUUCUCAUGCCGCUCCCAACCGCAGGCGAUCAAAUCUCUCAUUCACUGUUAAGGCUUCUGAAAUUUCAUCGCAGAAUGGUGAGGCCGAAAAGGCAAAGCUGGCUCAGGUGGCAAAAAGGUUGGAGAAUACUUCAAGGCAGUUUAAGAGGUUUGGCACCAUAGGCUUUUGGGCACAGCUUGUGUCCACUGUUGUGGCUGCUGUGAUUCUUUCGUUUUCAGUAGUUGUUACCGGGAAGGUCUCGUCGCCGGCUACUUUUUAUGCCACUGCUGCUGGCAUUGCGGCAGCGUUCAUUUCCGUUUUUUGGUCAUUUGGGUAUAUUCGGCUUUCUGAUAAGCUUCGAAGAACUGCCAAUGAGCCUUCAAAGGCUCCUCCCCGUGCAAACGUUGUGAAAAGCUUACAAAAUGGCAUAGUUGUAAACCUACUUGGAUUGGGUGCUGCCAUUCUUGGUAUGCAAGCUACAGUUGGAGUGCUGGUUGCCAAGGCUCUUACCUCUUCAGCAAAUCCUUAUUACCAGGGAAUAGCUCCUGGGUACAGUCCUGUUCUGGCAUUGGAUGUGUUCCUUGUACAGGCAUCGGCAAACACCAUCCUUUCUCAUUUCUUGGGGCUCGUUUUCUCGUUGGGUUUGUUGCGAUCUGUAACAUUACCACCUUCUGAAAGCAUUCCAGUUCCUAAGGUCGCAUAAGCUUGGUCCUUUGUGCAGCUGGCGAAAUUUUCAAAUUCAGAGGUGACAUUCGGGUUCCUUGAACAUUCACUUUUCUGUGCGGUAACUCAGAAGUUGUAUGCAUUCAUAUUCCAUGAUGAAGCCUCUCUUUCCAAAUGCAUAUAAUUGGUUACAAAGACUACAAUUCCUGGGAAGAAGUUAAAGCUUCUAAGUGAUGCGGUAUGACGUUACAUAAACUAGGUGGUUCAUUUGCAGAGAUAAUGGGGAUCGGAAUUGUGCACCUUCUGCCGGUUUUCUUUUAUUUUAUUGUUUUUUUGGGUUUUUUUUCCUUUAUGGCUGGAUUUCAGAAUGUCUUAGAUAGUUAAUAAUGACUGCAAUGUGGUGCAGCUGUAAAGAGCUAGCAGAAUGUGGACUCUUUGGGUGAUUUUCUGGCA